AUUGAUUCAAUUUAUCAACAUUGACUCUUUUUUUUAUAAAUUUUCAUACUAUCUCAUUUUCGUUGAGUAAAAGUCUCAAGUAAAAUAAGUUAUUUUUGUCAUCAAUAAUCCAUAUGCUCAUACAUUAUUAUUUCGUAUCGUGACGGAAAUUUAGCUCGUUUGUCGAUGCAGCGACAACUAAUUGGUUGCAGCAGGUAAGCAAUUGUGUAAUUUUUGCCUCUUUAUCAGGCCGAGACAGUAUUUAUUACACUUGCUUUGUGUAAUUGGCAUCGGUUCCAAUGUACUAUCUAAAAUAAACAUAUUUAAAUUUUUCGUUGAGAAUGUAGGUAGGGUUUCGAGCACGAAUUGUAAAAGGCUCUAAAUAAUUCGCAUGGAAAUUGGCUCAUAAUUUUAUACGCUCGUUGAGACUUGUCACGACGUCGAAAGAAAAAUACACGUGUGUUGAACGAGUACGUUAAAAAUCCAUGCCUGCACAGUCGGUCAGUGGCAGCGAGCAACGAUACAUGAUAUAGGUAUAAGGUGCAAGACAUCGAGCAGGCGUUCGCUGAAAAGGUCGCAUAGCUGCCAAUGGCACAGGCGCUAAAUAACACAGGCGAGCUGGAGAGAAAUCCGAGCUCGCGCCUCGUGCCUCGCUGUGCAGCAGUAGGCAGCCGCGAGCCAUAACACAGGCCAGAGGGAGAAUCACAACAAUGCGCGCGCCAACUCGAGCAGGUGUCGUUGUCGAAGGGGCGCCGCCGCCGCGGCUGGUCCUGUUUGCGUCGUCGUAAGCGUCGAUCGACCGAGUUGUGCACUUGCAAAGCUCGAGGCUGAUACUCGUCGAAGCGCUGAAUCAGUAUUCUCGAGGAAGGCCCGCGCCUGAUAUGCCUCGGCGUCCGGACUCGCUCCUCUUCUGCUCCUUCUUCCACCUGCUGUUGCUGCUUUUGCAAUCAACCCGACAAGUCUCGGCAAAGCUCUGCGAUGGAGGUCACGUGUGUACAUUCCCGAAAGAAUGUUGCAGUCUCGGCUGCUGCAGCUACACGACGUUCCCGCAGAUUGGCAAUUCCGUUACGGAGAUGCUCAAAUUUUUGUUCUGGUACUACUGGUAUCUAUGGAUCGCGGUACUCGUGGGUUUGGUCGUCGCGACGGCCUGCGGCUGUUGGCUGUGCCGGCGCCGAAACGCCAGCAUGCUCGACGACGGCACGACCAUCUCGGAGAGGGCCUCGCUGGGCUCGUGCUACCUGCCGCCGCACUACAGCCGAUGCAGCUCGAUCGUCCAGGCGAUGCCACCGCCCUACAACGAGGUCACGGCUAAGCCGGACCUCUACCCCCUGGUCAUCGGCUACGGAGACGACGUGGCCGGGCCCUUCGGCAAGGGCCACUGCUCCGGCCUGGUGAUGCGCUACUUCCGCUCGCUGUCGCACGCCAGCACCCUCGACUCGCUCUCCUCCAGCUUCAUGUGCAACGUCGUCAACAGCGAGGCCAACAACGCCAUACCGCCGCCGUAUUCCUGCAACAACAGCAUCGACGAGCUCUCCUCCACGGCCACUGGGGGCGCUACCGGUGGUGCGGAACGUCCGAUUAAUUUUGGCGAAGGCUCGCUCGCCUCGCUCGUCAAUCAUCGCACCACGUCCGACGUGUCGAGCUUAGCGGCGCAGUCGCCGCUGUCGCCCCCUCGAGCUACCAGUCCCACGAUCGAGUUGCGCGAACUUUUGGAUAAAAUUCAACAAUUGCCCCAGCUGCCAUCGAUAAAUAAUCAUCACAACCUGCAUCAUUCCCAGCAGCAGCAACAGCAACAACAAACGUACGAUCAAACGGCUCCGCGUCCAUCGGCUCUGUACUCGCUGAGCCAGCAGCGCUCGACGAGUCCGCAAAAUCCUUGCGACGACAAUAACGACCCCAGCGGCGAUGAAGACGGCGACGACGCGAGAAUUUCACCCUAUCGUCGACAGCGGCAGCAAGCGCAAACGAGCUCGGGAUUCGCCGCGGCCUCGACGUCCCGAACGCGACGCACCCGUGGCAAGACCUACGUAUCCGUCGGUCAUUCUGGAAUCUUGUCGGGCGGUGGCUCGAGUCGUUCGUGGCUCUCGAGGUCCGCUCCGACUACACCGAGUGGAGUACCGACGGGAGUAUCGGCUUUUCUCUAUCAGCACCAUCUUUACCAGGAGGCCGCCAACAGACAACAAGCUGUACCGCUCUUACUGGCCGAGCAAGAAGAAAACGAACAGGCCAGUGCCAACGAUGCUUCUUGAACGUCUUUAGUUUUAUCAUAAAGUUCAAGAGCUUAUUCACUUAUCACGAAUACAUAAAAAAACAUAGAAACUUGGAAUGGUGAUUUAUAAAGUGUUAGUUCAGAUGGUUGAAAGUUACUAUGAUAUUUUGUAAAAACAACAACGACCCAAGUUUUAUUUUACUUGACUAACCGAUUAUUAUUGCAUAAUUAUUUGCAUCAUAAUAAUUUAUGCCUUGUUAAUACUCAAAAAAAUAUCCCGAUAUAAUGACGAUUUUAAUUUUAAAAAAUGCUUCUUACUGCCUACAUCACGAAAAAAUAUAUCGAUUGCGAGAAUAUAACUUGAACUCUUUUAACUGAUUGUAAAAUGGUCGAUUAACAUACAUUGAAACAAAUAUUAUAAAUAAUAUUCAAAUAUUUAAUAUAUUUUUUGUCAUGCCAAGCAACUAAUUAUACACGAUUCACCUGGUCUAAUGGGAUAAAACGUAUUUUUAUCAAAUUCACAUUCGAGCUCAAAAUUCAUCUUGUUAAAUCACAUAAUCAUUGUUACUGCAAUAACCGUUCAGUUAAACCUCUUAUGUGGUGGGAACAUUCAGAAAUUUAUAUUCAUUCGAGAAAAGUAUAAUUAAAAAAUCAGUAAACAAAUGGUCUUGACAUAGGUCUUAUCAUCAAGAGGUUUAGUAAAUAUAAAUUAAAAUUUUUACGAGAAACGAUAAUCAAGAUUUAUUUGCAACCACAAAAAAUGAACGAAACAUAUCCACUCACGCAUAUAAAAUCGAUGAGGCAGAGAUAUUUUGUAUUAUUUUUAUACGCUCAUACUAUAGGUGGCGUUAAUUAUAAAUGAUAAUUACAACAUAAAAAUAAGGAAGCAAGGAUUAUACAUACGCAUCGUGCUAAUAACUUAUCGAUCUAUACUCCAUCAAUAAUAUGUAAUUCAAAUUUCAUCACUUUUAAUAAGUGAGAAAUUACUUAAACAUAUUAUAAAAUUAAUAUUUCGUUUUGUGGGAAGUUUUCAUUAUCACAUUACUAUAAGUAAAUGCAAGGCGCAAUUUGUACUAAAAGAUUGUUUUAUCCAAUUUAAUUGAUGCAGAUCUUAGUUUUAUAGAACUAAAUAAAUACAUUAAAUUGGAUAGGGUUUUCAAUUUUUCUAGUCGACAUUAUUGAAAAGUAUUAUUUACGCGUUAUAGAAUAACUUAAGUGGUUAAAAAUCAAUUGUUAUGACUAUUGUUAAAAUAUAUUAAAUCAUUAAUUUAGUCGUAUGCUAAUGUAAUUAAGUUUUUCAUAAAGAUGCUAUGAUAUUGUUAUUGUAAAUAACUCGUAUCUCGAAUAUUGUAAUCUUUUUCAAUAAGUAGGAUCUUUUUUACAAAAUAAGUAUUGCAAUGAACAUUAGUCACACUCAUGUGUUAUAUCAUUACAUAGUUCGAGUAUUCAGAAAAUUGAUGUGCCAAGCUACAACUUGGAAAUUAGAGACUGAGGCAGGACAAGUAUUUGCCCAUCGAGCGUACUAUUGAGAAAAUGAAGCAUUUUUUUAUUGUGAUAAUCAGACGUGGAAAAUUGAUCAAACUCUUACGAGGAACCGUUGUGUUUGUAUAAUUGAUACAAAAUCGCAUUUCAAGCGAAUUGAACGUUUGAAACUAUAUUGGAUAUAAUUGAAGGACAUUCGCAAUAUAUUUAUGUAAUACAAAAUAAAAAAUAUGUCGUAUCAAAAUAAUCGUAUAUUUUUUCAUUAAGCUUGAGAAUAUUCAAAAAUCAAACUUCCACCGAAAAAAUUGUAUACGCGCCGUAUUCGCUGUUUUAAGCCAAUAUGUGCAAAAAUAAAUAAAACUUUGUCCAUCCAGUUUGCAGCCGUUCGAACGUGUAUAUUCAUUUAAGUGUACGAAACAAUAAAAUAUGCAAAUUUACCACCAUGUGUACUCUCACCCCGUGUGGUUUUCCAAUGAACUAGGUAGAUUUGAAAAAAUUAAUAAUUAAAAUUCUGGUCGUGAGCGAUAAUGUAAUGACGAUGAAAAAUUUCUGCUUUUUAAAUUAUAGUUUAUUAUGAAGUCGUAGAAUUACAAAUGACUAUAAUCAUUUGAAAUAUUAUGCAGUGAUUAUAUGUAGGCAAAGAAAAUAUUUAAUGAGUAUUUAAUAAAAACGUAUGUAAUCGGUACAAUACAGUAUCAAACAACAUUAUCAUUGUUUGAAUAAAUUCUUAUGAGUGGUAUUGUAUUCUCAAACAGGCAUAAGCGUGUAGUAUAUUAUACUACGAAACUACUUUGAAGAUGAUAGAUGAAGUUUUAUUAAUAUAUCAAGUAGAAAUAGUUAAUAGCUGCGAUUCUACAGAUACAUGCAAGUUCUCAAUGCAAUUUAGAUGCAGAAUAUUCUCUUUGCAGUCAAAAUCAGUUUUUAGCGAAAUUAAAUAAUUUGAAAAAUCUUUCACUAAUUUUUCGUUCAAAUAAACUAUUAUUUUUGAUAUAAUUCUAUUUUAGUUAAAAUUACAAUUUACACACUGAAAAUACACAAGUAUGUAUCGAUCUAUGCACCAAAUAAACAGCGCACAAUGUUCCGAUAAUGUUUACUAUAAAUACGAAUGGUAUACAGCAAAUUGGUUAGUUUUAAAAGUUACAAGAAUCUUGGCUUGACGUUACUCGAUAACGGUAUUGAUAAUGCAUUGCGUGCUUACAGUAAAAAAUGAUUACAGAAAUAAUAAUUACGAAACCUUAUCGAUAUUCAAGAUUCAUGAUACUAUUGGGUACACAAAACUGAGUGUAUUAUUAGCGAGUAUUUUUUAUAACACGAGUAAAAUCCAAAUAAAAGCUUUUAUCAAAAGAAA